UCAGAACAUCUACCUAUUUAUAAAGAAAAGAAAGGCUCACCUACCAUUAGUGUUAAUCAAACUCUUUUAAAGAUUCUAUAGGGAGAAACUAAGGUUUUCAAUGGCGACGUCGAAGCUGCAGGCUCUCUGGAAUCACCCUGCUGGCCCCAAAACCAUUCAUUUCUGGGCUCCAACUUUUAAGUGGGGAAUCAGCAUAGCUAACAUUGCAGAUUUUGCCAAGCCACCUGAGAAACUUUCAUACCCUCAACAAUUUGCUGUCACAGCCACCGGAAUAAUCUGGUCUCGUUACAGCAUGGUGAUUACCCCGAAAAAUUGGAACCUUUUUAGUGUAAAUCUCGCGAUGGCUGGAACAGGAUUGUAUCAACUCUCGCGCAAAAUUCGGCACGACUAUUUUAACGAAGAGGAAACAGCUGCUCUAAAGGAAUGACGAUAAAAACAAUUUGGUCAUUUUAAGUUUGUUUUCUGAAGAAUGUUGGAACUUGAUGCUUGUUUGAAAAUAAUGUCAUAUGUUGUUUUAUUCUAUGCAUUUACUGUUUUCAUUUCAA